UUGCGCUGGAGCCUGGGCUACACCAAGGCUGAGUAUACAAUGCAAUGUCUGGAUCUUGGCUGAUGGGUUGGCUUUGGCUUGUUGGAACUGUGGUGAGCUUGUCCUGCUUUCCAGCAUUACUGGAGGCAGCUCCUGAGUUUUCAGGUUAUUUGCGGAAGAUUUUGAAGAAUCACACUAUCCAUGCCUGUGAUGGGGAGCAGCUAACAAUACUCUGUCCCCACAAGACCUCCAUUAGCAUACUUUCUGCUUUUUAUGGGCGCAGGGUACCCAGCCCGAACCUCUGUCCAUCCUCAGGAGAAUUCUUCUUGGAAAACAUUGAUUGUUCGUCUGCCACAGCCCAUCAGAAAAUGAUGGACGAGUGCCAGGACCAACGAUGGUGCCAUUUCCUUGUCCACAGCCAUGUGUUUGGGCCUGAUCCAUGCCCAGGAACACACAAAUACUUGGUGGUUUCGUACAAAUGCAGACCUGCCAAUUAUCGUCUCAAGACUGUGUGCGAAAAUGACAAGAUGAGACUGCAGUGUCGGAGCAAAUCAGUUCUAGCUAUUUAUUCUUCAAUCUAUGGACAACCGUUGCGAGGGAAGUUGGAGUGCAGUUCUAUGAAUGGGACAGGACCUGAAAUAGAAUGCAUAGCUCCUGAUGCCUUGAGGAGAGUGUCCCAGAGGUGCCACAAGAAGGAGAAUUGCACCAUUGUUGCUAACAAGGCUACAUUCGGAGAUCCUUGCUUCCCUGGAGUGAAGAAACAAUUGAGAGUAUCCUAUACUUGUGUGCCAAGGCAGUUGCUAGAGGAGGCGACCCGUGACUCCCGAGAAGAUCCCUUCUCAAUCUCGGAUUACACGCAUGGUGGCUGGUACACCGGGCCGAGGCUGUCCAGGCGGUUCCAAGAAAAUCUGAUGAUAUUUACUAGCUCUCUGGAAACAUUAGCCCAUAUCUGGGGUGUUCCUGAGAAGGCGGGCUUUUAUUUCCUAUGUGGGGUAUCUGGAGGGCUGGUGUUUCUCCUCCUCUUCUUUGCCCCCAAAACAUCCUUCUUACAUGACCUCAAAGAGGCCUUCAAAAAGGCACAGUUGACUGACACCAUACAGCUGGAGACAACCAAGUUGCAGGAUGACCAGGAUGAAGAAAAUCGGGAGGACAGCUCAUCCGAAUUCUCUUUCGGCCAUCUUACCCACAAUUACCGGAACACCACCAACAUCUUUGGGCCAGAACUGACUGCGGCCUUGGAGGGGGCAGCUGAUCAAAGAGGUCAUGAAGGAGAUGAGAUUUGGAUCCCCAAGGAAUCCAGCCCGUAUGCCAUCCACAAAAUUAAGUCGGCCACCAAAUGAGAAGGUGGAAGCUGGGAAGAGUGAGCUGCAAUGGGUGAAUAUGUGAACUUCAGGUUUGUGUGGAUGGAGGAUAGCUUGUUACACCACUCCUCCUGAAAGGCUUGGGUGGGGGGAGGUUACAUCAGGGAUGGGGUACCUGCUGUACCCUGUAGGCAUCCUGCAGAUCCAGGGCCAGUUCCUUUGGCCAUGAUUAUAGAAAACUGAUGGCACUGUUUCCUGCCAUUUUGAGAUGGGAAUCAGAUGGGCAUACUGUAUUACAGUGAGAAAUUGGAGACCCCAGGCCAUGGGAGUGAUGAGGCUACCAACCACUUUGAGACUCUGUACUUCUUCCUUUGCCCCUCAAAAUUAAAUGCACCCCAUGUUCACCCUUGAGGUUGAUUGUUAAUAAGGUAACAUUAAGAGAUUCAAGGGAAGGUAGGUUUCAGCCUGGAAAUUACUAAGUUGCUGGGGGUUGGAGGGGAAAUCAUGUGAACUAUCUCCUUCCAAAUGAGGUCAACCCUGUAGGAAAACCUUGACUUCCAGAUGUGGGCAUCUUUAAAUCCUGAAAUUAUGCUGAUGGAAAAAAAAAAACAGAAGUUGACCUGCCACCCAUCAGGAGUUACCAAAGUUAGAAUGUUACUUACAGAUCCUCUUGCUUAUUCUGCUGAGCGAGCCCUGGAUGUCUGCCUCAAAACCUUACCCUGAUACCACCAGGGAUGGGUGAUUUGAACAAAUCUUUUAGGCAUUCAGAAGCCAGUGGUUCUUGUAUUCUGCAUAUUUCACUAGUGCGGUUUGUGUGUAUUAAAUUUCUUGCAUUCAUAACCUGACCUAAAGCCAUAAUGUGUGAAUUCACAUACAAAUAACAAACAAAUUGAUGUUUAAGCUGUGUGCAAAUCAUAUUCUUUCACAACUGGGUUUUUAGAGGCAUUGUUGUUUGCCGCGCACAGUUCUGAAUUCAGAACUUGGACAAAUUCACAAUGGAGUUGGUUUAGUUCUGCUGAUCCUGGGCAUAUUAUAGUUUAUUAAAUUAACCAGCUAAUUGUGGUUUAUUCAAUUAGACUCAGGUUAAGCAAGCCAUGGGUUAGCACAGCAGUAGCCCUUUUUGUUACUCAGGCCAAUCAUUGUUAUAUAAAAUAUAACAUAAAAGUAUGAUUU